AAUUUCAUGAAUAAAAUAAAAUUAUUCAACAGCCAUUUAUUUCAUGCUUCCUAUAAAAAGAAACACCUUGUGGUGGUUCUCUCUCAAACGGGCAUCAUCUAAACUCCAUAGGGUUUGGCACCAAAUUCACAUAUAUCCUACCUUUGAAGUACAAGAACAAAUUUAAAACCAUGGAGGAAAACGGUGUCAUGAGAAAUGGGAGCUCUAGAAAGGGUAGCUUUAGGUUGGGAUUGGGAAAGAAAGAUCACACUGUGAUUGAGCUUGGUAGCAUUGACACACAAAGACUUCUUCUAAAUGGUGGAGAGAUGAAGGAGAAAUACCAAACUCCCACAAACUCUCUCUCUUCCAGGCAGAUGAAAUCUCUCACUGCUCUUUGUGACACCAUCUUACCUUCUCUUGACGACUUUGUUGAUGUCUCUGAUGAUUCCGUCGCCAACUUUUACCGAAUUUCAGCUUCCAUGGCAGGAACACCUGAGCGUGUUGGAGGUGUGAUAUGUGAGAGAUUGCAUCACCCUAUGACAGGGUUGCUGAAGCUGGUGUUAUGGCUGCUGUCAACUUGGUAUGGGACAUUGAUUUUUUGUGGCAUUUUCUGCCUCUCAUUCCAGUUCCCUUUCAUCCAUAGUUUCCCUGAACUCUCUCUCGAGAAACGCCAACGGAUUAUGCAGUUUUGGUCCCUCAAUAACUAUAUUCGUGAGUUUAAAAUGUUCUUCAAGACCGUCAAGCUUCUCACUCUCCUAGUCUUCUUCUCUCAGCUAGAUGAAUCAGAAGAUAACUGUUCAUGGAAGGCAAUUGGAUACUGUGGACCUGAUCCAGAAUUCAAGGCUCAGUUAAAGAACCAUUUUUUACAAGGAGGUCAAGAGAACAAUAAGGAAGAGGAUGAUGCAGAACAGGUCAUAGGGCCUCUUUACAAAGGUCUAGUCCACCUGAACAACCCAAGAGAUAUCACUGCAGAUGCUCUCAGACAAUUCGGAUUCCCGGUAUCUGUCAUUCGCCGGAAGCCGAAAGCCUCCCCUAACAUAUCUUCUCCCUCUUUAGUCAUCCAAUGUGAUGCAGUGGUGGUUGGUUCCGGCUCAGGAGGUGGUCUGAUAGCUGGAAUUCUUGCAAAAGCUGGUUACAAAGUGCUGGUUUUGGAGAAAGGAGGCUACACUGCUCGGAACAAUCUUUCGCUUCUUGAAGCACCGAGCAUGGAUCAAAUGUACCUCUCUGGUGGUUUGGUUGCAACUGAUGACAUGAGGGUAUUCAUACUAGCAGGGUCCACUGUUGGUGGAGGCUCUGCAAUCAACUGGUCUGCAUGCAUCAAAACCCCUCAGCAUGUCUGCAAGGAGUGGUGUGAUAAAAAUGGUCUAGAAUUGUUUGAAAGUGAGUUGUACAAAGAAGCCUUGGAUGCUGUCUGUGAUAAAAUGGGAGUUCAGUCUGAGAUUCAAGAUGAAGGAUUCAAUAACGCGGUCCUGAGAAGAGGGUGUCAAGAAAUGGGGUACCCUGUGAGUAACAUUCCUAGGAACUCUGGACCAGAUCACUACUGUGGAUGGUGCAGUUUGGGGUGUAAGAAUGGAGGAAAGAAGGGUACCACAGAAACAUGGUUGGUGGACUUGGUGAAAUCCGGCAAUGGAGCGAUUCUUCCCGGUUGCGAGGCAAUUAAAGUCCUGCACAGGAAAAAGAAAGGAAGUGAUAGAAAGGUUGCAAGUGGAGUGGCUUUUGAAUAUGAAUACAAAGGAGCUAAAGACAUUUGUGUGGUGGAGUCCAAGGUCACAAUUGUAGCAUGUGGGGCACUCAGGACACCAACAUUGCUUAAACAAAGUGGCUUGAAGAAUAGUAACAUAGGGAAAAACUUGCAUCUCCAUCCAGUGACAAUGGCCUGGGGCUACUUCCCAGACGCGCCUGAACCUGAGGUGUGGCCGGAGGCAUAUAAGAAGAGCUACGAAGGAGGGAUAAUGACAGCAAUGUCUCCUGUUGUUGCGGAGUUUGAAGAUUCUGGAUACGGUGCGGUGAUCCAGACACCUGCAUUGCAUCCUGGGAUGUUCUCAAUUGUCAUGCCAUGGGUUUCUGGAGCCGAUAUCAAAGAACGAAUGCGGAAGUUUUCUAGAACAGCUCAUGUAUUUGCAUUGGCAAGGGAUCUGGGAUCAGGGACAGUGCAUUCGCGAAGCCACAUCAGUUAUCAGAUGGAAAAUGCAGAUGAAGAGCAUUUACAGAAUGGAAUUGACAAGGUGCUGAGAAUUCUGGCAGCGGCUGGAGCUGAAGAGAUUGGAACUCAUCAUAACAAGGGAAAGAGCUUGAAUGUAAAGCAAGCAAGUGUUCAUGAACUUGAGAAAUUUAUCAAAGAGGAAAGUGCAAGGUCACUGACAGACCUUAAAACACCAUUGUGCUCGGCGCAUCAGAUGGGGAGCUGCCGGAUGGGUUCUAAUCCGAAGAAUUCAGUGGUGAAUCAGACUGGGGAGACAUGGGAAGUGGAGGACCUUUACUUGGCAGAUUCAAGUGUUUUCCCCACAGCUUUGGGUGUGAAUCCAAUGAUCACUGUUCAAGCAAUUGCUUACUGCACAGCACAAUCUGUUCUUCAAGCUCUUAAAAGGAAAAGAAGUAGAUGACCAACAAAAAAAAGUAUUCUUUUGCUGCUUUUGUAGCUCCAAUGGUACUGCAGUGCAUUGAGCAGAACAUCAUGUUCAAAUAAAAAUUUAUUCAAAAAAGAAGAAAAAAAGUGAAAAUUAAAUAAUUUUAA